UGCCCACCCCUCUUAGUUUUCCGCCUCCGACUUCCCUAAGGGCAUUUCCGGUUCCGGCUGCGGGCCGGUGAAGACAUGGCGGCGUCUGCGUCUGCAGCUGCAGGGGAGGAGGACUGGGUCCUUCCCUCUGAAGUUGAAGUGUUGGAGUCCAUCUAUCUGGAUGAACUACAGGUCAUUAAAGGAAAUGGCAGCCCCCAAGUCCUUACACAGUCACAUCUGCGUUUCUACUUGAUCCACCUGCAGAACUUCACCGUGGGAGAUCUACAUCACUUUGCAUCCUGCCACUGCAGAGGACCAGGAUUCACAUAUCCCCAUGAGGUGCCACAGAUCUCUAUCCGAAAUCCCCGAGGACUUUCAGAUGAACAGAUCCACACGAUCUUACAAGCGCUGGGCCAUGUGGCCAAGGCCGGGCUGGGCGCAGCCAUGCUCUAUGAACUCAUUGAGAAAGGGAAGGAAAUUCUCACAGAUAACAACAUCCCUCAUGGCCAGUGUGUCAUCUGCCUCUAUGGUUUCCAGGAGAAGGAGGCCUUUACCAAAACACCCUGUUACCACUACUUCCACUGCCACUGCCUUGCUCGGUACAUCCAGCACAUGGAGCAAGAGCUGAAGGCACAAGGACAGGAGCAGGAACAGGAACGGCAGCAUGCUGCAACCAAACAGAAGGAAGUCGGUGUGCAGUGUCCAGUGUGCAGAGAGCCCCUCGUUUAUGAUCUUGCCUCGCUGAAAGCAGCCCCUGAACCCCAACAGCCCAUGGAGCUGUACCAGCCCAGUGCAGAGAGCUUGCGCCAGCAAGAAGAACGCAAGCGGCUCUACCAGAGGCAGCAGGAACGGGGGGGAAUCAUUGACCUUGAGGCUGAGCGAAACCGUUACUUCAUCAGCCUUCAGCAGCCUCCUACCCCUGCGGAACCUGAGUCAGCUGUAGAUGUCUCCAAAGGAUCCCAACCACCCAGCACCCUUGCAGCAGAACUGUCCACCUCAUCAGCUGUCCAGUCCACCUUGCCAACUCCUCUGCCUGUGGCAACCCAGUACAUGUGUGAGAAGAUUCCAGGGGCUGGGUCAAAUCAGCAAAGGUUGGGCGAAACCCAGAAAGCUAUGCUAGAUCCCCCCAAGCCCAGUCGAGGUCCCUGGCGACAGCCCGAACGGAGGUACCCGAAGGGAGGGGAGUGCCACGCCCCUAAAGGUACCCGUGACACCCAGGAACUGCCACCUCCUGAGGGGCCCCUCAAGGAGCCCAUGGACCUAAAGCCAGAACCCCAUAGCCAAGGAGUUGAAGGUCCUCCACAAGAGAAGGGGCCUGGCAGCUGGCAGGGCCCCCCACCCCGCAGGACUCGGGACUGUGUUCGCUGGGAGCGCUCUAAAGGCCGGACACCGGGUUCUUCCUACCCCCGCCUGCCUCGGGGCCAGGGAGCAUACCGGCCUGGUACUCGGAGGGAGCCCCUGGGCCUGGAAUCUGAGGAUGGUUCCUAGCAGGACUUGUGGGGGACAGGGAAUUGGGCAUGGGAGGGGGGCAAUAAAGAUAUUUGGCCUUGUUUGGCUUUCUUUGCU